UCAUUGUCUUCUUCUUACAAAAACUUUUGUCUGCACUUAGCCGUGAGCGCAGAGGAAAAAUUGCUUUUUUCUUCCCUUUUUAUCAGAUGAUAGGAGGAAGGGAACAACACAUCAGAAGAUUCCAAUUCCGCAGAAAUCAAUCUCAGAUUCGCCUCUUUUCUCUCUGCUCCGUCGUCUUCUAGGGUUUCCUGAUGCAUGAGUUCUCUACUGUUGAUGGUUUUGCGGAGAUAAACGAGAGCUUAGCCGAGAUGAUUAAGUACAUUGCUAACGAACCCUCUGUGGGGCUUUAUUACAUCCAGCAGCACGUCCGCAACGCAGCACCCAACGUCCUCAACCUCAACGCCCAAGUCUUGGACAAGUCCCGUGAAACUGCUCUCCAUACCGAAGACUCGGAAGAGUCUAUCGCCAUGGUGAAAUCGAUGAAAGAGUGUGGUUCUCCUAUAGCUGAUGGGAUGAUAGGAGACAUCAAGAACUCCUUAGCGAUAAUGUCCUCGAAACAACCGAGGAGAGGGCUCAUCCUCAACGCCGGGAGCCCCUGGAGCAGCAGAUCCAACAGCAGUAUAGCAACACCAACAACAACAGUGCGUGGUUCUGAAUAUAGUCAGGACACUAGCGAAAGCGGCAGCUAUUUCACAUCGGUGUUCAAGUCGGCUAAGGAGAAAGCAAGCAAUAUCAAAUGGCCACAGCUUGACUUCAAAGAACAGAAGGUGGAGACUAUCCCCAAUGUGGAAAGCAACGAGUUAGAAGAAAAAGAAGAAGAAGAAGUCUUAAGCAAAGGUGAACAACAUAUGGUGGAGAAGACAAAGUUUGAGGAGUUUAAGGCUGGUAAAGAAGCGAGUCUUAAGGCAUGGCUUGGAGAUAUGGAUGAAGAUGCAGAUGCUAGUGGACGUGCUACUGAGAGGAUUUAGUGUUUUGUAUAAUGGUGCUGAUGGAGACACGGAAGAAGCAGAGCUCAUGUGUAAUUUUCAUAAUUAAGUUAAAUAGAACAUGUUAUACUACCUUUUAUUACCAAGGACAGUUUCGUCA